AUGGGAGACUGGAAUUUCCUUGGAGGCAUUUUAGAGGAGGUUCACAUUCAUUCCACUAUUAUUGGAAAGAUUUGGCUAACAAUCCUCUUCGUAUUUCGAAUGCUUGUCCUCGGAGUGGCAACUGAGGAUGUUUGGAAUGAUGAACAAUCAGAAUUUAUAUGCAAUACUGAGCAACCUGGUUGCAGAAACGUGUGCUAUGAUGAGGCCUUUCCCAUUUCUCUCAUAAGAUACUGGGUCUUGCAAGUUAUAUUUGUGUCUUCCCCUUCCUUGGUGUAUAUGGGUCACGCCUUAUACAGACUAAGAACUCUGGAAAAAGACAGGCAAAAAAAGAAAGCUCAGCUAAGAAUGGAACUUGAAAGCACUGAAUUAGAAAUGACUGAAAAUCGGAAAAGGCUGGAGAGAGAACUCCGGCAAUUGGAUCAGAGAAAGCUAAACAAAGCACCCCUGAGAGGCUCCUUGCUCUGCACUUACGUGAUACAUAUUUUAACGAGAUCUGCAGUAGAAGUCAGUUUUAUGAUUGGGCAGUAUCUUCUUUAUGGCUUUUAUCUAGAUCCCCUUUAUAAAUGCCAGAGAGCUCCAUGUCCAAAUACAGUUGACUGUUUUGUAUCUAGACCAACAGAAAAGACAGUGUUCAUAUUAUUCAUGCAAUCGAUAGCGACUGUAUCACUGCUUUUAAAUAUCCUAGAAAUUAUCCACCUAGGAUUCCGAAAAAUUAGAAUGGGUCUCUGUGGACAGAAUAAAAACAAGGAUGACCCUUACAAUUUCUACACAAACAAAUCUAAGAAAUACUCUGUGAUACCCCUCUCUUCUUUGGGUAUAUCGACCACACCUCAAAAAACUCUUCCUUCUGCACUUAGUGGUUAUACCUUUUUAGUGGAAAAGCAGACUGAUGCUGCUGUCUACCCAGAUCUAAAUUCUUCUGCCAUAUUUCAAUCUGUGCAAAAUAACCAUGCAGAAAGCAGCAACAAUUACACCCAUCACAUUCAGGUAAUUAAAUCACCAAAAAAGAGGCAGGCUACAAAUGCUUUAGACAGUCAGACCCAAAAUACUAGCAUGAAUAAUGAACGCUUGUUUCGGGAGCUUGGGACUGAAGCGCAUGAUGAGCGGAAAGAAUCCGAAAAGAAGCAUUUCCUUGUUGUUACUCAGAAUGAAGAUACAGCUUCAAGCACACGCUUGCGAAGCUUUGCUGAAAUGCCUUCUCAAACUUCAGUGCAACCUGAUACAACUUUUCCUGUUAUCAGUUUUAAAAGACAACGUGGAAUCGAUUCGUCUCACAACUGCUCAGCAGUGGUUGAGAGUGCAGGAGCUUUGACAAAUUCUCUUCCAAAGAACAGCAGCAGAAGACAGAGCAUUUUCAGUGCAGGCAAAUCCCAACCCCCUUACGAUGUUGACACUCCCGACUCUACAGUGGAGGUGAGCUUAGAAUCUAGACAAAGUAGAAACUGUGAUAGUCCAAAGCCUUUCUCUCUGUCUAGACAACUGUCGCUGUCGAGUAAUGGCAGCAGCAGACGUGCCCCCACUGAUCUUCAAAUAUAG